AUGACGGCAAUCGAAGCCAUGGAGAGGACGACUGGUAGCGAGGGUAUGGCAGAUAGGUCCGUGAGCGAGGCUAAGGCCCGCGAUCAGCGUUCGAAUGCCGCAGACGAUGCCCACAAGACCCCCAAGAAGCGGCGCAAGGUGAACCAUGCCUGUCUCUACUGCCGUCGAUCUCACAUGACUUGCGAUCUCGAGAGGCCAUGUACGAGAUGCAUCAAGCGGAACAUCGGGCAUCUGUGCCAUGAUGAACCUCGUGAGCACGAGUCCAGAAAGUCCAAGAGUCUCGCCCCGUCCACUGUGCAGGGGACGGGUUCCCAGCCAGACUCAGGACCCAGCACUGUCGACCAGAAUGCCGGCGCCAUGAGACACCCAUUGUAUGACCCGGCCAUGGGCAACGGACCGGGACAAGCGGCGAAGGCGGCAUUUGAUGCCACCGCGCUUGCAAGCCGGAGAAGUAAUCCUCUCCAGCUCGUGCAACCCACGCUGGUGUCCGGCAUAGCGGCCAACACCCUGAGCAGCAUGAGUCAAUUUGCCGGUCUCUCGGACGCAUGGCUGGCUUCACAAAACCACUACCACGACAUGCACAACUUCCAUUCAAACUAUGUGAUUGCGCCGGAGGUGACCAAUGAGUUCAACCUCUUGAAUGACUUUUUGCAGACCAGCCUGCUCGAUGACAGCGCGCUCUUGAGCGAUGACCUGAACCAGAAUGACUCCGCCUUGGGGCUUCCCAGCAGCAGCAGUAACGCCAUGCUACCGCCGAGCGCCGUCCAAAGGAGCUCCAUGCUUGCGCCUAACGCUGAACAGCAGGGAAAGGCCAUCUCGAGGCCGGCCAGCGUCAUACCGGCCGACAAGACUCGCGCAUACUACCUCCAGGCGGCGGAUCCAACGGGCAACGCCGCGCCAGAAGAGCGCAUGCGCCAAGUUCUGCAGGCCAAGUACGAGGCCGGUCUGCUGAAGCCCUUCAACUACGUCAAGGGAUACACCCGCCUCCAGAACUACCUCGACACGCACGUUGCCGCAUCGUCCAAGCAGAAAAUCCUCCGGCAGCUCGACCGAUUCAGGCCAAAGUUCCGCGAGAAGAUGAAGGACCUGACCGACAUGGAUCUCGUUCUGGUCGAGAUGUGGUUUGAGAGAACGCUCAUGGAUUACGACCGCGUAUUUGCGAGUAUGGCCGUCCCCGCAUGUUGCUGGAGGCGGACGGGAGAAAUUUUCAGGGGGAAUAAAGAGAUGGCCGAGCUCAUCAAGGUGCCGGUCGAAGAUCUACGAGGCGGCAAAAUUGCACUGCACGAGAUACUAACAGAAGAGUCAAACGUGCGGUACUGGGAGGAGUUUGGGACAAUCGCAUUCGAUCCGGCCCACGACACGCUCCUCACAGCAUGCUCGCUCAAGAGCCCUGUUGAUGGGGUGGAUCAUGUCGUCAACUGCUGUUUCUCGUUUCGCAUUCGCACAGACGAUCACAAGGUGCCCCCCUCACACAACGACCGGACUAAACAGACGUGGCUAAUUUACGCGGUACAAUCACCUCGGAGUCAAAUAACAGAAUUCGCCGCCCGCCUGAGAAAUCUCCUCUCCCUGUCCCCCACUACCAUCACCGAUAACACAAUACACCUCACAGAAGACGACUCGAUCCCCGCCGACAUCACCAAGCACGUGGAGCACCUGCACGCCUGCCAGCAGACGUAUGUCCCCGGGGUGAGCGGCGACCCGGAGAUUGACGGGCUUGCGACGGGGUUGUGGAAUGUUUGUACGCGGCUGGGGAGGGAGUGGAAGGCCAGAAAACAGGAGGAGCAGCAAGAGCAGAAUCACCGGAGAGGAGGACUAGAUGGAGGUGCAGACGGCAUGGGGACGGUGAGCUCGGAAAGGCUGGGGAGGGUGUUCCGUUCCGGGAGGGUUCUCGCCUUCCUCUUGUUGGGGAUAGCGAGGCCGAGGGAGAAUGGGAGGGUUGCGGUCGUGCUGAGAUUGAUGAGGUUGGGGUUGAAAAUUCUCAGGGAUUGCGUUGCCAAGUUGGCUGGUAUGGUGGGCCAGACGGUGGCUGACUACAAGGAGUGGCUGAAGACUCUCGCCAAUGACCUUCCUAAGGAGGAGGCACGGGAAUGUCAAUGCCUCGAGGUGGAGUAUUUCAUCAUGAGGACAGCAAUGUGUUGGGUGGAGAACAGGCUCGAUGUCGCCGAGCACAUGUACACCAAAGCCGAGCCCCUCCGCCAGUUUCUUACGCCUGAGUACGCUGAGCGACUGGCCGAUGUCCUGUACGAAAUCGGCAAGUCACUGUCAACACGAAACGACUUUACGGUUGCAAUCAAGUGGUUUGAGAGGGCGAACGACGUCAUCAACGGCCAGUGGCUGGAGCAGCUGUCUCGCGAAGGUCUAGAGUUGCGGCUUGCGAUCUUACAAGCGCUGGUUUCUGCGCUUCUGGGUACCGGCACUCCUGACGGGCUCAAGAAAGCCAAGAAUUACAUCGACUUUCUUGAGACAGAAGCAGGCAACAAGUCCGUUGUGUCGCUGCUCAAGCUUGAACUGCUCCAGAAGACGCCAGCUGAAGUCUUUGACAGCGAGGCAUACAGCGGUGUCUUGCGGUACAUGAUACGAAACUUUGCCUCCUCCGACUCUGGAUUCAAGCUCAUCAUGCACCACAUCCGGAAACUGCACGACAAAAGUCCGGGUGCAGCGUGCGCUGUACUAGACGACUUCAUCGUCGCCCUGGGCCGUGCAGAGAACUACAGUUGGUUGGAGAAAGCGGUUGUGGCUCGUAUGUGGAUGAUCACAAACCAGCGGGACUCGAUCGAGACGAUAAACGCUGCGCAGACGGUCCUUGGGUAUCUUGCGAAGCCACUAAGUGCAGAAGCGGCUGUAGCAGCACAAGUAUUGCUCUGGAAGAAGCUGGAAUUGAACUAUGGUCAAGGACAGUAUGACCUGGCCGAGAGUUGGUGCCAGCUAGCACUGCACAAAGUCUUCCACAACUGCGGCGCCGGCAAUUCCUCGAAGUUGGAGAGCUUGGACGCUGCCGCCUCCGUCAUCAGCAAGAUGUCACCGCAGAGCUGGAAAGAGCCCAUGACGGCCUAUCUAGCGUUCAAGGUUGCCAUCCGACUUGAAGACCACGAGAUGGCCGAGAAAUGCCUUGAAACAGUCGGUCAGGCGCCAGAUCAUGUCGACUAUCUCGGCGCCUGUAUCGCAGAGUCUCAGAAGGCCGGCGAUAUCAUAUGUGCGAUCUCAGCCCUAAAGAAACUGCAGGAGAAGUACGAGUACGCGGAGCCGAAUACCAUACACCUCCCAGCUCUUUUUCGAUGUACGAUCCGGUUGUUAAACUUGCUAGCGGAACGGCCAGGGGCAGACACGGACAGUAUUGCCAUUGAUCUUUGUGCCGAGUUUGAAGCCGUCCUGUACUCGACCAUGCGGAAAAUAGUCAACGAGAUCUGGGUGCUUGAGAGCUUUGACGCGGUCAAGUUGGCCAAAUACACGCGCUGUCUGUUUCAGGCCACGCUCCCCCUGGACGACAGAUUGGCGAUAAGGUUGUUGGACGAGGCGUGUAGCAAGGCGAGAGAAUUGCGAGAGAGCGAGGCCACCUGGCCCGAGGAAGAACUGGAAUGGAUGGCGACCACGUCCUUCAACCACGCCAUUGACUGCUACAGCGCCCAUAAGAUUGAGCGGGCCAAGGAGUGGGCGACCAAGGCGAUCAAUCUGGCGCAUUAUUGCCACAAUGGGAGGCUGGAGGAUAUCUUGCAGAGUAAAUACCUGCGAUUGAGUUUUGACGGCGGUUCAGCAUAA